ACAUCUUGACAUAAAGCAAGGGCAAGCAGAGAAGAACAAGGUGGAGAAUAGCAGCCUAUCACUUGGAUGCCAUCAUUUGGAUUAGCUCACAUUCAGUGCCUACAAAUAUCUGAAGAGGAACAGGACCGGACAAAAUCACUGCAAAGAGUUACACACAGAAAAGGACAACUAAAGGCAAUAGGUUAAGAAGAGAAUCUGAGAGCUGAGAAGAAAUUUGCCAAUGUCUUCAUUUGAGGCACAGGGCCAGUCUCCUCCUCGGUGUGGCCCGCAGUUCCCCAGCCUCGGACAGGAGCCCCCAGAACUCAGCAUGUACAGUGACUGUUACUAUCCGCCUCCCUCUCUGCCGAGUCCUCAGCGCACCACACCGACAUCUUACGACCUGGGGGACUACACGACCUCCUCCCCAAACCCUUACCUCUGGUUCAACGGCUCCAGCAUUAACACACCUCCGUAUCUUGCUGCCACUGGCCCACCUGGUAACCCGGGCCCCCCCUUUGUCCCGCAGCACUAUGGCAUGCAGAGGCCUUACCUGGGUCCUGCUGGAGCUGGAGGUCCAGGAGGGGAGCUGGGCUGGUUCUCUCUCCCCUCUCAAGAAGACUUGAUGAAAUUGGUCAGGCCACCAUACUCUUACUCUGCUCUUAUUGCCAUGGCUAUCCACGGAGCACCAGACAGAAGACUGACCUUGAGUCAGAUUUACCAGUACGUUGCUGACAAUUUCCCUUUCUACAAUAAGAGUAAAGCGGGCUGGCAGAAUUCCAUUAGACACAACCUGUCACUCAACGACUGCUUCAAAAAAGUACCAAGAGAUGAGGAUGAUCCAGGCAAGGGCAACUACUGGACACUUGACCCCAACUGUGAAAAAAUGUUUGACAAUGGAAACUUUCGCCGCAAAAGGAAGAGGAAGUCUGAUUCCCUCACUGGUGGUGAUAGCGUUUCAGGGGCUCCAGAGUCAGGUGACAGUGAGAGGGGAAGCCCCAAACACUCUGGCAACUCUGCCAUUAACAUCUCUCCUACCGCAGAAAGGAUCCCCUCUCCUUCAUCAUCAGGUCCUGCAUCUUGUCUUAGCAGCUUCUUAUCCGAGAUGUCUGGAGUGACCACUGGAGCAGCCACUGAGGUGGGAGGCGAUGGGCUAAGCAGGCCAUUGCAGAUCAACCUUCCUUUAGAUGGGCCUCAGAGACCCACACAACCUGGGAGCUUCAGUAGCUACUCCACCAGCUCAGGUGGCCCAGAGUGGGGACCACAAGUGCCAGGUCCCCCUGUGCUCUCCUCUUCACCCACCCACUCUUCCCUAGGUUACACUAGCCCCAUCCUCAGCCAGUACAGUGGGUCCAGUGGGCAUUUCUACCCUGCACUGGGCUCGACAGGAAUCAUAUACCACCGUGAGGGCACAGAGGUCUAAUAAGACAUUGAGGGAUGAGAAAAUUUGGUUUGAAAAGACUCUUGACAGGAAAUUUUACCUGUCUGGUCACUUUUGUUCUUGAGAGGGUCUGUUGUGAAAGACAAUACACACACACGCACACACACACGCAAAGUUUGUAAACGCUGACUGAGACAGUUGAGAUCACUAUAGCGUGUGACAGUAGAGUAAAAAGGCUUUGAUUCCCACAGGAACAGCUGAGUCAGCCACAAUGGACGACAAGUGUCACUCCCUGAAACCGCAGUCAGUCUCACUAUCAGAUCCUCAGUCAGCUUUUAUUCUACCUAAAGCUAGUCUCUAUCAGAUCUGACUCAUUAUUAACAGAUCUUAGAUCCGAUCUGCUGACAUCAGGCCAUUCCACACCAUGCUAUCUGUGUUCAUUCUUUGAUGAUAUCACCCACACAACGCUCAGACAGCACAUUUAGAGGAGUAGUUAAAUUACGCUAUUGUCUACGUAAAGUGUGUGAGUACUGCAAACAAAAGGUAAAUGGUAGACUUUCUGUCAUGUUAGUAAAAAGAUGAACUUACAGUCUUGGAGAAUGAUACAUAAGUGAUAAUUGUACUUUGUAAAUAUGUCAAUGUGUUGUGUAAUUUCCAUUUAUAUUGUUGGUUUGUUGGCACAGCUGUUAUUGUACAAACUGGAUUCCUAAUGUAUGGUGUAUGCUAUGUAUCUUAUGUUUUUGAUAUGAAUAAAAGGUUUUAGAGUUCUACA